AUGGAGGAGAUUACAGUACGUUGGAGUAGUCACUCGCUUUCAGGGACGAAAGGAGAUGGUUUCUGGAUUGGUGAUGAGAUGGGCUCUAAUGAGUUCAUUUUUGCAUCCAAAUUCUACACAAAAAGAGUACUCAACACUGAAGCGAUUGCUCGAAACUUCACUCAUUUAUGGAGAUUGAGGAAUGGCUUUAAGAUUAAGGAUGUGGGUGAUCAUAUUGUUCUUUUCAUAUUCGACAGCAAACUUGAAGCGGACCGUGUUGUUGAUAGCCAACCAUGGAGUUUUGAUAAGCACUUACUGGCUAUCCAGCGCUAUGAAAAGCAAAUGCCUAUACGAGAAUUAUGUUUCGAUCAUAUUCCAUUUUGGGUUCAAGUUUAUGAUAUUCCCAUCAAAUUUAUCAAUCGAUCUGUUUCCGAGGGUAUUUGUUUGGGAAUUGGUGAGGUCUAUACUAUAGAGAACUCGGCGAUGGAAGGUGGUGACUUUAUGCGAAUUCGAGUUAUUAUCGAUAUCUCCAAACCACUUUGUCAAGGACGGAGAAUUUCUAUGGAUGAUGGGAGCAAUGGUUGA